UGUGUGUGUGUGUGUGUGUGUACUUCCUUCCUAACUUCCAACUCGACUGAGGCAGCUAGUGGAAACCAUUUCGCAAUUGUGGAGAGUACAUUCCCAAUGAGGGGGAAAAAUGAAACUAGAAAGUGAGAGAAAGAUUGAGAAACAAAGAAGAACAAUGUUGGGUCCAGCUUCCUGAGGCACCAGGACAUUGUCUAGGGGCUGCUCUAUGGAACCCGUCAUGAGCUCAUACAGGGGAAAGGAACUAGAAGGAAAACGCUAAAGAAAACCGUACUAUUCUAUGGGGAAGAAAGACAUGUACAACUGUCUGUUUCUCUCAAUUACUUGUCUAUGCAUUCUCCCGGGUAAGUCCAACUACUCUUGUUUAGGAUUCCUGACAGUUGUGGAUAUAACCUUGGUUUUAAAACCAUACUUAGGAUGACCAACAAAUACCUGAAACCGCUAUCUAGGAUGUCGCUCAAGAUCAGAAAAGGAAGGACAAGUAAUCAAUCAAACAAUCUAAUCUAAAUUGAUCUGCUUUCCUACAAAAGAGGUAUCAUGAGAAAGAACUACCCUCAAUUAACUCUCUCUCAUUACUAUAAAUGUAGAUUGCUAUUAGGAUAUUAAUUGCUGUAGAUGCUGCUCCUCUAUUGUCUAGUGAAUUUUUUAUAUUAUAUUUAUAUGUUCACUUUUUUAAAUGUUUGUUCCCUCAGGUUAUGAUGCAGAGGAAUGUGUGACUUCUGUCUUUGCAAAGAAAAGAAAUGUUAACGUACCAAAGGGGGGCACUCUUUCCCUAUCCUGUGUUGUUCAGCAUUGUGGAGAUGAUGGCUGGACAGGGGGAUGGGGGCUGUCAACAGAGGGACAGUUCCUUCUCUUUAGUCCCACUCCAAGGCAUCAUCUCUCCAACGUCACAUUGACAACCAAUAGAACCCGCCUGCUCAUGGACAUCCUCAACGUCAACCAAUCAGAUUAUGGAAUGUACCAUUGCCAGAUCACCUGGGUUGAGGGAUACACCAGUGUUGGACAUAUGACAUAUGUGAACAUCACUGCAGGUAGAUAUGGUCCUUCUAGUCUACAUCAACUCAUUGUUAAUCAGUUGCAAGUAAUGUACAGUAUGUAUUUAUUUUUGUCCACGCUUUGUAAGAUUUCCCCCCAAAAUGAGAAACAAUUACAGAAAAUGAUCACUCCACAUUCCCAGAUGACAGGUAGACUGGUAUGCCUGUGCUCUGACUUCAUUGAUGUGCUAUACCCUUUCUCUGCAGCCAUACCACCCACAUCCGUGAGGAAGGUCUAUUUCAGGGUCGUGGUGUAUGUAAGUACCUGUUUGGUAAUCACCCUGGUUUUGGUUCUGGGUCUGGCUUGCCAUAUAAGGUCAAAGGUCCCAUCUCAGCCCCCACCAAUACCACCUCCCAAGCCCCCACCACGCUCCCGAAGUGUACGCAAGGACAAGCCCCGUAAGACAUUUCUUUCUUUAUCGAUACAAUUUCAUAACAUCUUGCUGCAGUAUAUGUUGACAUGCACAUUUCUACCACAGCACUGUACAUGAACAUGAUAUCCAAUUGUACAGUUGAUCGUGUCUACUGCUUAUUUAAAGGCCAAAUCUAAUGCUAAUUUAUGAAGUGCCCAAUUUGGUAUGCAUUAAUUCUGCUUUUGACUCUGAUCUUUUCUUUGCAGCCACACCCAAGCCUAAUCCAAAGAUAGAGGUGAGUGUUAUUUGAAUAAUAGCUUCUGAAUGUCCUUUUCCUUAACCUUUUCUAGAAUGCUUCCUCAGACUAACCCGAUUGUCUGUUUUCUUGCAGUUGGUCUAUGCAGCUCUUUCAAAGGACUGCCUUGAACAGCAGAAUCCUAAUCCUCAACGAGAAGCUGCACAGCCCACAGUCUACUCCUCUCUCCGACUCACUGUUUAAUGUGGGAUGGACAGUGUAUGGGCAGUCAGACUUUUAUAUUGUAGAGACCUCAACCCAACUCCUACCCACUGGGCACACACUGGUUGAAUCAACGUUAUUUCCACGUCAUUUCAAUUAAAGUACGUUGACCCAAUUUGGAAUAGACAUUGAAUUGACGUCUGUGCCCAGUAGGUAGUGAACUCGUCAAAUGGUUCGGAUCGCUUGUCGUAAAGGCUAAGGCGUUGGGUUGACAGUCACUGGACCCCGGUUCGAGUCUUGGCCAAGGCUAUCCUCUGAAUUCACUUCAAUAUUCACCUCUUCAUGUAACAGACUGUGUUGACCGAGUGGUCACAUUUCAGUGAUCUGGAUUGAAUGAUUUCAGAUGCAUUCUGAUUAUGUACGUGCAUGCAGUAACUGCCAUCCACACACUCAGCUAGAUCGUGAUGCCAUGUGAAAAGCAUCUGUGAAUAGAAUCUAUGUUCAAUGUUCUAAAUAAUGAUUUAUGCAACUGUCUUUUAUUUGUUAACACUGUAAUUAUUUUGUAAUUUGUGGGAACUACUUUCUCUGCCAUAUGUUUGAAUAAACAAAAUAGAACUGAUGUUCAAUACCAAAAUAUUGCCACUGCUUGUCAGGGCGUGCUGUAGGUUAUUAGGGAUUUAUUAUUCUUCUAAACUGAUAGGAUGACUAACUUAGAAAGAAUGCAUUCUUGACUGGGCUAAUGUAGGCUGUGACACCUGGCAAGGCUGUGAUUGAUGUGAAGAGAAGAUAAGGAUUGUGUCUUCAAAUACAAGACUAUAAUGGUUCAUUGUGAUCUAUGAGUCUUCCUUUGACAUGGGAAUGAUGUCUAAGGGAGCUGGCUCUUCUCACUAUGACAGGUUGUUAUGAUAAUCUUGUGUCUGCCUGGAGUGUGUAACAAAUGGCGCCGAGGAGAUGAGAGCAACCCCCUGCAUCAACGGAUUGGCUGAGAUAGUUUAAACUGCUCAAGUCUUUACUCUAAUUGGCCAGCAGAGAAGUGGGAAACUUCCUCUGUAUAGUAUUUGGGUAUUGUUUUCUAGAGCAAUGAGUUAGUUCUCUGGGAUGUCCUGCGAGGCAUGUCAGAGAGCCCGUAUAUACGAAACAUCAUAUUUACCAUUGAAGGUUUUUGCAUUAAUUAAAAUAACUAGUAUACCUUAGAAGUCGUGUUGACCUCUUUUGUUCCUGAUACCAGAUUUGAAUUGACGCGACAUUGACAAGGUGCAAUGGUGGAAUCAAACGCAGGACUCAGAACGAUAUUCCAAUCUCUUGUAUUACUGCCCAUACAUAGGCAAAAGGACAACUUGGCCCGAAGGCGAAAAUAACGCACAACGGCGAAAAGAAACAGCGCACUAACAGGUGCGACAAAAUGUAACCGCGCACAAACAGGUGCGACCAAAUGUAACCGCGCACAAACAGGUGCGAUAAUACUCCAGCGUAGUGGAGAGAAGCUCAACCGAGCAAUACACACAACUGACGGAAAAUAAUUACACACAACACUAGACAAACACAACGAGAAACUUAUAGGACACUAAUUACGCCAAAACAGAAACAGGUGUGGAAACAAACAGACAAAAGCAAACGAACAUGAAACAUACAGCGGUGGCAGCUAGAAUUCCGGAGACGACGAACGCCGAAACCUGCCCGAACAAGGGAGAGAGGCAGCCUCGGCCGAAACCGUGACACUGCUAAGCAAAGUGGAGCAAAUUGUAUUAAGUGUUGCCCCCUCUAAAUAAUGUUCCAUGUAAAGCAUAUCUGUGUUCAGAUACUAUUUGAAAUCUUUCAAAUACUUUGAGUGUUUGCUCUAGCCUGCCUGGUGGCCCGGAGGGGCGAGGUUUGCAGUUUUUGGACUAUUCUAUUGGUCCAUUACGCCAGGCAAACUCAAUCAAGCACAUAUAUAUUGUUUAAGAUAAUUUCAAAUAGUAUUUGAACCCAGGUCUAAAGCACGCUAUCUCCCAUUCAGAAUAAACAGACAAGAACAAUCAGAUAUGCCUCUGUUGCUUCCUGUGAGGUCACUGAAUUAAGCAACACAACACAAAUUGACACAAAAUACAACAUUUUAUUUUAUAAUACAUUCUUAAUGGCACAUUACAUAACGAAAUAUACAUAUACAUGUGUAUGCUUUUUAAAUUAACAUUUCCUUUCGUUUGACCUCUUUCAUUAAUUUAAUCUGCAAUUACAUUUUUACAUAACAUCAAUAGCAAAAUAUAAAAUCAAUAAAUUAUGGCCUUAUUAACAGAGAGUAGGCUGAGGGGCACUUGUGGAUGCCCUCUACAAACUAAAAGACUAGUUCCUAUAUAACUUUCUGCCCUGCUCAACUUUCUGAGUUUUUGUGUACCACAUAACAGAACUCCAGUCACAAAUAUUCCAGCGAUAGGAAUUAACCUCUAUACAGCUAUUGUGCAUGGAUAUUCUCCCAAACUCAAAUAUAGUUGACUGAUUUGGUCACAUCAAUGGAGACCUUGCCAUUUCAAUAUGUUCCUGGGUGAAGACAUACACACGUGAAUGUUUAUAAUCAUAUAGCGUACAACAAGGUAAAGUGAUAAUAUAUUUUGGAACUACAAUGCGCUAACAUUGUUUUGGGGAUUGUAAGAUCAACUGUUUUUGCUGUUUGCUUCUACUUAAGACUGAAAAAAUAACCAUCAAAAUCACAAAGCAUUCAAUCACAGUUCCAAAAUAUGUAAAAUCCUUUAAAAAUAUUAUCUAGCCAAAUAUUUAUUUUUUGAGAAAUGUUAGUGAGAGAAAAAAACAUUGUGAAAUGACUAACUACUGAAAAUGAUUUCCAUGUCGCAGUCUGUGUGUUUCUCAGCUAUGCACCCUUUAUAACCAUAAAUGUUUUCAAUUAACAUUGAUUCAUUGGGUGAAAUACAUUUACAUUUUAGUCAUUUAGCAGACGCUCUUAUCCAGAGCGACUUACAGUUAGUGAGUGCAUACAUUUUCAAUACAAAUGGAUAUUAAUACAAGGACAUGUGAAAAGCAGACCUGGGUUCAAAUGCUACAUUAAACCAUUUCAAAUACAUUAUCUGUGCUUGAUUAAGCUUGCCUGGCAUAAUGGACCAAUACAAUAGUCCCAAACUGCAAACCAGGCAGGCUAGAGCACACACUCAAAGAACUUGAAAGAUUUCAAAUAGUAUGUGAACCCAGGUCUGGAUUCAUCAGACACCCACAGCGAAACAGAAAGCAAAUAAACCAAAUCCAAACUCUCUGCUCAACCUCUCACAUAGUGAGAAGCACAUGGAAAGUGAAAGGGUUUGAGAUAGAUUGUAAGGCGCAACUUUGGCUAAAUUAAGCUUGUGACAGAGCGCAAUGGCAUUUUUCUUUUCAUGUGAGCAAAUCUCCACAAAUACAUCGCUUGGUUUAUAAGGAUCAAGUCCCUUACUUCUGCAGCUUAAGACAAACUUGAACACUUCAAUACUGUUUGAUGAGGGUUGAGCCAUAGAGAUAAAUACCGUAUCUAUCAAUUCCCUGUCAAUUCCUCAAUGUAUUCCUAUGAGAUAAAAAAUAAAAUAAUGAAUUGAAAUGGAACUGACCCCAACCCUAGCAACCCUAGUAUCUAUAGUGGCUUGCGAAAGUAUUCACCCCCUUGGCAUUUUUCCUAUUUUGUUGCCUUACAACCUGGAAUUAAAAUUGAUUUUGGGGGGGUUUGUUUAAUUUGAUUUACACAACAUGCCUACCACUUUGAAGAUGCAACAUAUAUAUUUUUUGUGAAACAAACAAGAAAUAAGACAAAAAAACAGAAGACUUGGGCGUGCAUAACUAUUAACACCCCCAAAGUCAAUACUUUGUAGAGCCACCUUUUGCAGCAAUUACAGCUGCAAGUCUCUUGGGGUAUGUCUCUAUAAACUUGGCACAUCUAGCCACUGGGAUUGUUGUCCAUUCUUCAAGGCAAAACUGCUCCAGCUCCUUCAAGUUGGAUGGGUUCCUCUGGUGUACAGCAAUCUUUAAGUCAUACCACAGAUUCUCAAUUGGAUUGAGGUCUGGGCUUUGGCCAUUCCAAGACAUUUAAAUGUUUCCCCUUAAACCACUCGAGUGUUGCUUUAGCAGUAUGCUUAGGAUCAUUGUCCUGCUGGAAGGUGAACCGCCGUCCCAGUCUCAAAUCUCUGGAAGACUGAAACAGGUUUUCCUCAAGAAUUUCCCUGUAUUUAGCGCCAUCCAUCAUUCCCUCAAUUCUGACCAGUUUCCCAGUCCCUGCCGAUAAAAAACAUCCCCACAGCAUGAUACUGCCACCACCAUGCUUCACUGUGGGAUGGUGUUCUUGGGGUGAUGAGAGGUGUUGGGUUUGCGCCAGACAUAGCGUUUUCCUUGAUGGCCAAAAAGCUCAAUUUUAGUCUCAUCUGACCAGAGUACCUUCUUCCAUAUGUUUGUGGAGUCUCCCACAUGCCUUUUGGCGAACACCAAACGUGUUUGCUUAUUUUUUUCUUUAAGCAAUGGCUUUUGUCUGGCCACUCUUCCGAAAAGCCCAGCUCUGUGGAGUGUACGGCUUAAAGUGGUCCUAUGGACAAAAACUCAAAUCCGCUGUGGAGCUUUGCAGCUCUUUCAGGGUUAUCUUCGGUCUCUUUGUUGCCUCUCUGAUUAAUGCCCUCCUUGCCUGGUCCCUGAGUUUUGAUGGGCGGCCCUCUCUUGGCAGGUUUGUUGUGGUGCCAUAUUCUUCCCAUUGUUUAAUAAUGGAUUUAAAUGGUGUUCCGUGGGAUGUUCAAAGUUUCUGAUAUUUUUUUAUAACCCAACCCUGAUCUUUCCUCCACAACUUUGUCCCUGACCUGUUUGGAGAGCUCCUUGGUUUUCAUGGUGCCGCUUGCUUGGUGGUGCCCCUUGCUUAGUGGUGUUGCAGACUCUGGGGUCUUUCAGAAUAGGUGUAUAUAUACUGAGAUCAUGUGACAGAUCAUGUGACACUUAGAUUGCACACAGGUGGACUUUAUUUAACUAAUUAUGUGACUUCUGAAGGUAAUUGGCUGCACCAGAUCUUAUUUAGGGGAUUCGUAGCAAAGGGGGUGAAUAUAUAUGCACGCAUCACUUUUCUGUUAUUUUUUUUAAAGAUUUUUUUUUAACACUUAAUUUUUUUCAUUCCACUUCACCAAUUUGGACUAUUUUGCGUAUGUCCAUUACAUGAAAUCCAAAUAAAAAUCUAUUUAAAUUACAGGUUGUAAUGCAACGAAAUAGGAAAAACGCCAAGGGGGAUGAAUACUUUUGCAAGGCACUGUAUGCAGUAUCUAAAUACUGUAUCUAUCUCUAUUGUGGAUUGAUCCAUUCUAUUGACCUGCGUUGACUGUACUGUAUGUGAGGCCAGAGGGAAAGACGACCAGCAUUACAACAGGUGACUCAAAAAGAAGCGAAACUACUGCAGCAAGAACUCCUUGUUAGGCAAUAGAGGAACUGUCCCCAGACAGACAUACUGGGGCAAAGGCAAGAGAGACAGUCCCCCUGGUUAACAACAACAUCCCAUUCUGAAGGACAGUAACACAACUUACACCAACCUGGACCCAUAUAUGGAGAUCGUAACAGAAGAGGACCACAAUGAACAAUCACUGUAAUCUGAGAGAUGAGUGCAGCGGAAAAGUGACCUAUAACCACAGUUUCCCAAAUCAAUGAUGAUGAAUGUUAUGAGGUUAAAGGCCCAGUGCAGUCAAAAACUAGAUUUUCCUGUGUUCUAUAUGUAUUUCCACACUAUGAGGUUGGAAUAAUACUGUGAAGUUGUGAAAAUUAUAAUAAUGCCCUUUUAGUGUAAGAGCUUGAAAGACCGCCUGAAAUUUCUGCCUGUUCUGGUGGGAUGGAGUUUUGGCCUUCCAUGGUGACAUCACCAUGCAGUAAAUUGGUUAUUAGAAAGAGAGUUCCAAACCUCUCUGCCAAUAACAGCUAAUUUUCAGUUUUCCCCUCCCCACUCCCAGAUAGUCCUAGCAAAAUUAUUGCUUGAGAAAUUGCUAUUUUUGUUUCUUUUUGACCAUUUGAAAACAAAUCACAGUAAGGUACUUAAUUGUUACUCAGAAAUCGUAUGAUAUUGAGAUAAAAAUGCCUGCAUUGGACCUUUAAAACUUGCCUUGUCUAGUUGUUGGGUUAAUGUUACAGAUGAGUAUUUUAAUCAGACCAGCGGCCAAUAAAAAUGUGAUGUCAGUAACACAUGGCACCUAGCCUCUCACUGUGAGUUAUUUCUGUACCAGACACAUCGAGAGAGAGAGAGAGAGAGAGAGAGAGAGAGAGAGUGAGAGAGAGGAACCUUUUUUUCAACACUUCUUAGUUCAGACUCACAGGAUUCUCCCUCCUUUCCAGCUCAGUAUCUGUCUACCUGUGCACCCUCUAUUGCAGUCCACUUAAUUCCCUUUAGUCAUGAAGUUAAGUACAUUUUGUGAUUCCAUUGUGAUGCGCUGUUGAUGUUGUGGAUGUUUUUUGCUCCAACAGCCAGUGUUGUCCCUUUUUUGGAAAAUCCAGAUUUCUACUCGGACUGCAAUAGAAAAUAACAGAAAUGUCCCAUUACAACAACACCAUCAUCAUCAUCAUGUAUAUUCUAAUGAGAGAUCAAGCUGAUAGGUUAUUGCAGGAUCUCUAGCUAGAUAGUGUCCUACAGAUAAGAGAUGAGGGAUGCAGAGCAGACCCAGCAGUGAAGGGACUGUGAUACAGGACCAAGCUACUGUCCCUGAUGCUGUAUCCACCUAUCAUAUCCUAAUGACUCUGGAGGAGAGCAGUGGGUCAUUUCAAGACUGUAUUCACUGAGCAGUGUGUUUAUCACACAUGCAGCACAGUUGAGUAGAGUACAGUACAGUACAGUGUAUAGUGAAGUAUAGUAUAGUAUAUAGUAUAGUACAGUACAGUAUAGUAUUAUACAGUACAGUAUAGUAUAGUACAGUACAGUACAGUGCAGUAUAGUACAGUUCAGUUCAGUAUAGUAUAAUACAGUAUAGUAUAGUAUAGUACAGUACAGUACAGCACAGUGCAGUAUAGUACAGUUCAGUUCAGUAUAGUACAGUACAGUACAGUAUAGUACAGUACAGUAUAGUAUGGUACGGUACAGUACAGUGAGACAUCACUUACAGUUGUGGAGUGGCUCAUCUUGUCAAAGCGGAACUUCAAGUUUGACCUGGGAGACAUCUUACUCUUUACAUCUGGAGGAGAAUAAGAGAAAGCCUCUGUUAACAGAGGAAUACAUACUAUAUGAUUGAGUGUCAAUCACACAUUGACGAGGAGAAACAACAAAGUAAGUAACAUGUGUGCUUCCUGAUAGUUAGAGUAAAGAAUGUCAACAAACCCACCAUUGUAAUCUACAGUGUAAGAGAUACAGAGGGCAUAGAGACCUACAGUUGAAGUCGGAAGUUUACAUACACCUUAGCCUAAUACAUUUAAACUCAGUUGUUCACAAUUCCUGACAUUUAAUCCUAGUAGAAAUUCCCUGUCUUAGUUCAGUUAGGAUCACCACUUUAUUUUAAGAAUGUGAAAUGUCAGAAUAAUAGUAGAGAGAAUUAUUUAUUUCAGCUUUUAUUUCUUUCAUCACAUUCCCAGUGGGUCAGAAGUUUACAUACACUCAAUUAGUAUUUGCCUUUAAAUUGUUUCACUUGGGUCAAACGUUUCAGGUAGCCUUCCACAAGCUUCCCCACAAUAAGUUGGGUGAAUUUUGGCCCAUUCCUCCUGACAGAGCUGGUGUAACUGAGUCAGGUUUGUAGGCCUCCUUGCUCACACACGCUUUUUCAGUUCUGCCCACAAAUGUUCUAUAGGAUUAAGGUCAGGGCUUUGUGAUGGCUACUCCAAUACCUUGACUUUGUUGUCCUUAAGCCAUUUUGCCACAACUUUGGAAGUAUGCUUGGGGUCAUUGUCCAUUUGGAAGACCCAUUUGCGACCAAGCUUUAAAUUCCUGACUGAUGUAUUGAGAUGUUGCUUCAAUAUAUCCACAUCAUUUUCCUUCCUCAUGAUGCCAUCUAUUUUGUGAAGUGCACCAGUCCCUCCUGCAGCAAAGCACCCCCACAGCAUGAUGCUGCCACCCUGUGCUUCACAGUUGGGAUGGUGUUCUUCGGCUUGCAAGAGCCCCCUUUUUCCUCCAAACAUAACGAUGGUCAUUAUGGCCACCCACGCAGGCAGUGUGGUGAAGAAGGCGCAACAGAGCCUCUUCAACCUCAGGAGGCUGAAGAAACUUGGCCUAGCACCUAAAACCCUCACAAAUAAUUGUGCCCAGCCCACAGAGUUUGGGGUUCAGCCUGAGGAAGGAUGUGAUUUGUAUUUUGGAGUUGGAGAGAGAGAGAGAGAGAGAGAGAGAGAGAGAGAGAGAGAGAGAGAGAGAGAGAGAGAGAGAGAGAGUGCGUGUGUGUGUGUGUGUGUGUCUGUCUGUGUGUGUGUGUGUGUGUGUGUGUGUGUGUGUGUGUGUGUGUGUGUGUGUGUGUGUGUGUGUGUGUGGUUGCGUGCAUGCGCACACUUGUGUGUGUGUGUGUGUGUACUUCCUUCCUAACUUCCAACUCGACUGAGGCAGCUAGUGGAAACCAUUUCGCAAUUGUGGAGAGUACAUUCCCAAUGAGGGGGAAAAAUGAAACUAGAAAGUGAGAGAACGAUUGAGAAACAAAGAAGAACAAUGUUGGGUCCAGCUUCCUGAGGCACCAGGACAUUGUCUAGGGGCUGCUCUAUGGAACCCGUCAUGAGCUCAUACAGGGGAAAGGAACUAGAAGGAAAACGCUAAAGAAAACCGUACUAUUCUAUGGGGAAGAAAGACAUGUACAACUGUCUGUUUCUCUCAAUUACUUGUCUAUGCAUUCUCCCGGGUAAGUCCAACUACUCUUGUUUAGGAUUCCUGACAGUUGUGGAUAUAACCUUGGUUUUAAAACCAUACUUAGGAUGACCAACAAAUACCUGAAACCGCUAUCUAGGAUGUCGCUCAAGAUCAGAAAAGGAAGGACAAGUAAUCAAUCAAACAAUCUAAUCUAAAUUGAUCUGCUUUCCUACAAAAGAGGUAUCAUGAGAAAGAACUACCCUCAAUUAACUCUCUCUCAUUACUAUAAAUGUAGAUUGCUAUUAGGAUAUUAAUUGCUGUAGAUGCUGCUCCUCUUUUGUCUAGUGAAUUUUUUAUAUCAUAUUUAUAUGUUCACUUUUUUCAAUUUUUGUUCCCUCAGGUUAUGAUGCAGAGGAAUGUGUGACUUCUGUCUUUGCAAAGAAAAGAAAUGUUAACGUACCAAAGGGGGGCACUCUUUCCCUAUCCUGUGUUGUUCAGCAUUGUGGAGAUGAUGGCUGGACAGGGGGAUGGGGGCUGUCAACAGAGGGACAGUUCCUUCUCUUUAGUCCCACUCCAAGGCAUCAUCUCUCCAACGUCACAUUGACAACCAAUAGAACCCGCCUGCUCAUGGACAUCCUCAACGUCAACCAAUCAGAUUAUGGAAUGUACCAUUGCCAGAUCACCUGGGUUGAGGGAUACACCAGUGUUGGACAUAUGACAUAUGUGAACAUCACUGCAGGUAGAUAUGGUCCUUCUAGUCUACAUCAACUCAUUGUUAAUCAGUUGCAAGUAAUGUACAGUAUGUAUUUAUUUUUGUCCACGCUUUGUAAGAUUUCCCCCCAAAAUGAGAAACAAUCACAGAAAAUGAUCACUCCACAUUCCCAGAUGACAGGUAGACUGGUAUGCCUGUGCUCUGACUUCAUUGAUGUGCUAUACCCUUUCUCUGCAGCCAUACCACCCACAUCCGUGAGGAAGGUCUAUUUCAGGGUCGUGGUGUAUGUAAGUACCUGUUUGGUAAUCACCCUGGUUUUGGUUCUGGGUCUGGCUUGCCAUAUAAGGUCAAAGGUCCCAUCUCAGCCCCCACCAAUACCACCUCCCAAGCCCCCACCACGCUCCCGAAGUGUACGCAAGGACAAGCCCCGUAAGACAUUUCUUUCUUUAUCGAUACAAUUUCAUAACAUCUUGCUGCAGUAUAUGUUGACAUGCACAUUUCUACCACAGCACUGUACAUGAACAUGAUAUCCAAUUGUACAGUUGAUCGUGUCUACUGCUUAUUUAAAGGCCAAGUCUAAUGCUAAUUUAUGAAGUGCCCAAUUUGGUAUGCAUUAAUUCUGCUUUUGACUCUGAUCUUUUCUUUGCAGCCACACCCAAGCCUAAUCCAAAGAUAGAGGUGAGUGUUAUUUGAAUAAUAGCUUCUGAAUGUCCUUUUCCUUAACCUUUUCUAGAAUGCUUCCUCAGACUAACCCGAUUGUCUGUUUUCUUGCAGUUGGUCUAUGCAGCUCUUUCAAAGGACUGCCUUGAACAGCAGAAUCCUAAUCCUCAACGAGAAGCUGCACAGCCCACAGUCUACUCCUCUCUCCGACUCACUGUUUAA